AUGCAGUGUCAACUAAAAAUAUUACAGAAAAGUAUUCGAAUUGUUCGAUUCGAUAUUUUUGUACAAAAAGAUAUUUAUGGUAUUUGUCGAGGUUAUAUUAGAUUAGUUGACCAUAUAUCGCCAAAUGGUUAUGAAAUUGUACGGCGAUUAGAGAGUUCCGAUUUGGAUAUUAGUCAUCAUCCAGUAUCUAAUUCAGAUUAUGAAAUUACAAACAUUCGAAUACAAGUUAAUCAAAAUCAAUGGCAGAUGACACAAAUAAAUGUUACUCAUUCAGCUGAAAAUAUUGUUGGUUUCAAACAAACAACAAUAAGGGAACAAAUAGGUAUUUUUGUUGUAUGCUUCUAG